AUGAUUACAACAGAUAACCGUUGGAUUAAACAGUACGUUCUUGGGGUUGGAUUUAACGGCCCUGUACAUUUAGCAACCAACAAUUAUUUACAAGCUGUAGCUGUCAAAUCUGCACAAAUUGACACGGAUGAGUGCUCUAUACUACGUGAAGAAGGAAACAUUUUGAACAAAUUAAAAGGUUGCCCUUACAUUGUUCAAUGUUUUGGGGAAGACGAAAGCUUCGAAUACGCAAAGUGGACGUAUAAUCUCUUGCUUGAAUACUCCCCUAGUGGCACCUUACGAGAUUUCAUACUUUUGAAUGGAAGAAUUCCGGAACCAGUGGCAGCACUCUAUGCAUAUCAACUCUUGACGGGUAUCCGUCACAUUCAUAACAAAGGGUUUAUACAUGGAGAUAUAGAAUUAAGUAACAUACUUAUUUAUCCGAAUAACAAGUUGAUAAAAAUUGCUGAUUUUGGAUCAGCCAAACAAGAAACAAGUCGCGAGCAUCAAGUUUUCGAUAUAUGUUCUGUAGGGUGCGUUGUCGCAAAGAUGCUCUUCGGAAAGCCUACUUGGUAUGAGGAACAAAUAGACGAUUAUCAAUGUAUGAUUUGUGGUUUUGAUAAUCCUGAUGUAGAGUAUUUCGAUGAUGUUUCUAAUAUGGCUCAAAAUUUCCUAGCAGACUGCUUGCUUUGUGAUUUUCCUAGUAGAUUAUUGAGUGUGGAUGAACUAAUUAGUCAUCCUUUUAUUCAGAAUGCAAUUACUACUCCUGGGAAUGACUUGAUCAACAUCUCUACUACUGUUAAUGAUAAUCCUUUUGGUGAUUAUUGGAUUUCAGAGCGUCAUUUGUUUACUACAACCUGUGAUAAAUGGAUAGCCAAAAUAAGGAGAUUAAUCAAUGAUCUAAAGAGGGAAUUAACGACACAGUUGAAACCUACAGAGGACAUGACUCUAGAUAGGAAGAUAUAUAUAUAUAGAGGUCAGAGAUUAGAAUAG